GUAUCCUCCAGGCUACUUUGUUCAGAAAUACACAUUUGAUUUCUUCAACUAUGCCGGCAUUCACCGACCAGUCAAACUCUACACCACCCCCGUAGUGUACCUCUCGGACAUCACCAUAACAACAUCCUUCGAGGGCCAGACAGGAAAAGUAGAUUUUGUCAGUGUUGUUGGGGCAAUAAGUACAGUACCUAGAGAUGAUAUUUCCAUGGAAUACCAGUUGUUGGACAAAGAGGGUUUUGUUGUUGCCAGCACAGGGGGUAAGGGAUUGUUUGAAGGACAACUGACUGUUAAUAAUCCAAUACUGUGGUGGCCAAUUGGAAUGAGUAAUCAGACAGCAUACAUGUAUACCUUGAAGGUCUCCACAGUCUCCAGUUCAAAGAUGCUUGCAGACGUGUAUCGUAUACCAGUUGGUAUAAGGACUGUCAAGGUUCAAGGCACAAAGUUUUUGAUUAACAACAAGCCAUUUUACUUCAAAGGCUUUGGAAAACAUGAAGAUGCUGAUAUUCGAGGUAAAGGCCUGGAUUAUGCCAUCAUCACCAAGGACUUCAACCUCAUGAAAUGGAUGGGAGGAAACUCAUUUCGCACCAGCCAUUAUCCAUACGCAGAAGAGAUCAUGGACAUGGCAGACCAACAGGGUAUCGUGGUUAUCGAUGAAAGCCCUGGAGUUGGUAUUAAUCUAGAGAAUUAUAAUCCGGAGUCCCUGAAGCAUCACCUUGAAGUCAUGGAAGAACUUGUUCGUCGCGACAAGAACAGGCCAGCAGUAGUGAUGUGGUCAGUAGCCAAUGAACCCAGGGCUGAUAAACCAGAAGCUGCCGCGUAUUUCAAGCCUGUGUUUGAAACGACAAGACAACUGGACCCCACAAGACCUGUGACGUUUGUCACUCACUACAAGGCGUGGAAUGACCAAGUGUGUCAGUUCGUGGAUGUCAUCAUGUGCAAUCGAUAUUAUGCCUGGUACCACGACUACGGUCAAACUCAACUCAUCAGCCGUCAGCUGGAGAAAGAGCUGACAGACUGGUAUAACAAGUUUAACAAACCGGUUAUACAGGCUGAGUAUGGUGCUGAUACCGUUGCAGGCUUACAUAUGGAUCCUUCUGUGAUGUUCACUGAGGAAUAUCAGGUGGAAACGCUCCAGCAAUACUUCCCAGUCUACGACAAACUUAGGAAAGAUUUCUUCAUUGGUGAAAUGAUUUGGAACUUUGCAGAUUUCUUAACUACACAAGGAAUUACUCGAGUAGUGGGCAAUAAAAAGGGGAUCCUAACAAGAGAAAGGCAACCAAAAGCUGCCGCUUUUAUCCUUCGCCAGAGAUACCUGAAUAUUACCCUCGAACAAGCCCCGUCAGGGACUGGGGACGACCUCCUGGAUGCUCUCAUCAAAUUUGAAAGCAGAAAGCCAGCGGCUACUCCCAGUGUUUAUGGAUACCCAAACGCUUACGGCUAAACACAGGAUGCACCUAGGAUUUGACUUCGUAUUUGCAAAAUGAUUUUUCAAAUGGAGGAUUGAAGGAUAUUAUUUCCCCAGGGGAUAGGGGUGGGGAUAGAAAGGACUGCCAUGUUUGCUGAUAUGACAAAAGAAAGAGAAAAAAUCUUAAAAUCCGACUAAAAACAUCAGCAUCAAAUAUUUUCCCCCUCCAUUAGGCCAUGUUUACGAUGAAGAGCUUGGUGCUGAGGACAAGUUUUUUGUUUUCCUUCGGCUCCAGGUGACACCAGAAACCAGAACUAACCCUAGCAGUAGGUUCACCCUACCUUCUGAGAGACUAUUCACAUGAAGGUAUUAUGACCCUGGUGCUAGGGACAAGUCGGUUGUUUUACCUUUAAGGUGACCAGAAACCAGAACUAGCCCUAGCAAUAGGGUCACCCUACCUUCUGAGAGACUAUUAACAUGAAGGUAGUAUGACCCUGGUGCUAGGGACAAGUAUUUUGUUUUUCUUUUCCAGGGAAACCAAAAAAUAUAUAUUAAUCCAUCUGAGCAGUAGCUUCACCUACCUUCACGUAAACGUGGCCUUAGUUGCGGCUGAACUCUAUUAGCUCUCUUUAUUUUGCCUAUAAACUUAUCCAAAUUCACAAACUGUUUUCAGUCCUUUGGACUAUAAAAGAGAUAAGCAUGCAUAUGGUUAUCACACUUUGUUCCAGGGGCGUGGUCCGGAUCUGAUGCACCUAUUUCAGACUCGUACCCAGUCGUCAUUUGUUUCACGCUUUUUUUUUUCUUUGCGCGCGGUGACUUCGGGGACUCACUAAAUCUUUCCCAUCAACCACAGCGUGAAAUCAAUAAGACAAGAGAAGCGACUGGGUACGAGUCUGCACCUAUUUCAAAAAACGUCGGUCGGAGAUCUGAAAUGGCUAUGAGCCAUCUCAGACAAUUUCAUUAUGUUUUCUGGAUAAAAUACGCAAAAUCACAUUUCUGACUUAAAGGUCAUAUGCUCCAUACUCCAAUCUAAAUAAAAAGAAACUAUUCGGUCUUAGACGUUUUUUUGAAAUCGAUAUACGGAUGUGACUUGAGCAACUGUAGAAUUGUAUUGAUGUAUACGCGUAUUAUCCAUUCAUAUCAUUUUGUACUUUAAUAACAUGCCGAGUUAAAUAGUCCAAUAUAAGUAAUAAUUUAGUACAAGAAAAGGGAAAUUUUCUAAAUAAAAAUGUUUAACAAAUA